UGCACUGUACAGUAGACAGAGUUGCCCUACCGAGUAACGAUCCAGGUCGCGAAAGCCAGAUAGGACCGGCCAGAGAGAGCAAGAGAGUGUAAUUGUGCCAAGUCUCUCUUUUGCUUCCCUCUCUUUCUUUAUUUUUUUCUCAGUAGGUUUCCAGAAAUGACGGAUGAACCAUUAUCGACUCGCUGGUCCUUUCAGGAUUUUAAAAUGUUUUAUGAUGCCAAGUUUGGGAGAAAGAAGGCUCCACAGUCGGAAAAUGGUGAAGUCCCUCAUACAGCAGUGUCGAAUGGGAGUUCUUCUGGCAUGACUGCAAAUGGGAAUGGAUAUGUGACGGACAGACCAGCCAUGGCCAUAUACGAGCAGUACAGAAACCAGGACCGGAGCUCCACUCACUCAAAUGGAGUUUUAUCUAAUGGAUCUGAGGAGAAACCGCAGAAGUCUUUGCUUCCUCCUUUUGAAUCUGUGGAGAUGCGUAAUUUAGCGGAGAGUUUAAGUAGGGAUAUCAUUCGUGGCAGUCCGGAUGUUAAGUGGGAAAGCAUCAAGGGUUUGGAGAAUGCCAAACGCUUACUUAAAGAAGCUGUCGUCAUGCCGAUAAAAUAUCCUAAAUACUUUACAGGUCUUCUAUCACCAUGGAAAGGUAUUCUCCUUUUCGGGCCUCCCGGUACAGGAAAGACAAUGCUUGCAAAGGCAGUCGCGACUGAGUGCAAUACCACAUUUUUCAAUAUUUCAGCAUCAUCAGUCGUCAGCAAGUGGCGUGGUGAUUCAGAGAAGUUGGUGAAGGUGUUGUUUGAGCUUGCUAGACACCAUGCACCAUCAACAAUAUUUCUUGAUGAAAUUGAUGCGAUCAUAAGUCAGCGUGGUGAAGCUCGCAGUGAGCAUGAAGCCAGUAGGCGUUUGAAAACUGAGCUACUCAUACAGAUGGAUGGUUUGAUGCGGACAGAAGAACUUGUUUUCGUACUGGCGGCAACUAAUCUCCCUUGGGAACUGGAUGCAGCCAUGCUCAGGCGUCUUGAGAAACGAAUCCUUGUACCGCUUCCUGAACCAGAAGCAAGAAGAGCCAUGUUUGGGGAACUUUUGCCUUCACAGCCAGAUGAGGAUGAGCUUCCAUAUGAUUUAUUGGUGGAAAGGACAGAAGGUUAUUCAGGUUCAGAUAUUAGGCUUCUGUGCAAAGAGACUGCGAUGCAGCCCCUUAGACGCUUGAUGGCAGUCCUUGAAACCAGACAAGAUGUGGUGCCCGACGAUGAGUUGCCAAAGGUUGGGCCCAUUAGAUAUGAAGAUAUAGAAGCUGCUUUGAAGAACACUAGACCCUCUGCUCAUCUCCAUGCCCAUCGUUAUGAAAAGUUCAAUGAUGAUUACGGUAGUCAAAUACUUGAGUGAAGGUACACAGCUUAAGGUAUCCAUUUGUAUUUGAUAAUGCACUUCUUCGUUUCCAGUGGUCGUACUCUCUCUAUGUAGGUGUUUUUCGAUUAUCUAGACUAGAUUUAGAUCACUGUAUUUAAGGCCUGAUUGGUUGAAUUGGUAAUUGCAAUGGGAAUUGGAUUCACAUUACAUUACCAGUUUCGUACACUUUUCAAUUAAAAUGGAAUGGUAAUGAGAUUACCGGUAA